AUGCCAACCUCUAUUUCGGCUACCAGAGCCGAUUCAUUCCUACCACCAAGCGUGGGUCAAUCGAAAUCGAUCCUUCGCCGUCAAGGAGAUAAUGUUAAGCGGAAACUUGACAUGCUCGACAUGGAAGAGGGCACUCAGGAACCUCAGACUCCCGCAAAAAGACGCAAAGUCCUGUUCAGCGACUCGAGCCCCAUCGUCCAUGAAAUCCUCGCUGACGUCCGAGCGGAGGUGCGCCGCACGCUCGACCGACAUCGUCAAGGUCAGGAUGAGGAGUACCAGACCCUCAAGCAACACUUUUCUCUCGAUACCCGCCGCGCUAGCGACCACCUUGGCACCGAAGACGAUGACGAGCCUCCUAUCAGGCCCCACGAACUGACACAAUACGUCCUCGCCCUCGCUUCCUGUGCGCCGACCCUCAAGGAACGGCCGUUCCGAGAUCUUGUUCAGGCCGUCCUCAAGUGCGCCUGGGUUGGCCGCGACGACAGGUUUGUCCACGCCUACAUUGAAUUCCUGGCUGCUCUUGCCAGCAUCGGGUCUUAUCUUUCGGAGGCUCUUGGGCUCAUCUUCGACUACUUCUCUGAGACAAGGAAGUCUCGGUGGACCGUCCCAGGAUACCCCGAGGUCUCUAAGCGGACUCAUGUCACAUAUGUCAGGCAUCUGCUCCGAAUCCGACAGUACGCGCCCGACGCCGGAACAAGUCUCUUGAAUCUCAUUGUUGAACAACUCGUCCAUAUCGACGUGAGCAUGCAAGCUGACCUCGACGACUUUGAUGACGACCUCGUGACGGCUGUUCACCGAGCGUUGGCGGAGGCCAAGGCAAAAGCUCUGCAAGACGAGGAUUCUGCCGACGAGAGCGAUGAAAGCGACGACGACGAUGAUGACGAAGAGCAUGAACAGCUGCAACGGAUCAAAACCGUCAAGAACCAUAUCGAAAUCUUGGACGCCGUCAUGGACAUUCUUUUCAAGUUUCACGACCCUUACUUUGCGAAUCCCACCUCAGAAACCGCCACCACUCAGUGCGGCAUCCUACUUUCUCAGUUUACAAACAUUCUUCUCCAAAUGCGCAAGUCCCGGCAUACCCAGUUUCUCCUCUUCCACUUCACUCAGAAAUCAGAUGCGCUUGCCAGCCAAUUCAUCGAUACCUGCGAGAAGGUUGCGUUUAGGAGUGCACCGUCCGUGUUGGGCGACUAUGCAGUCUCCUACUUGGCUAGCUUUCUCGCGCGAGGCGCGCACAUACCAUCUUUCCUCAUUCAGGCUGUCUUCCGUCGCCUACUCCAGACCCUAGACCGCCGGCGAGCCACCUACGAGCAGGCCUGCCAAGGGCCAAACAUUGAAAAGUAUUACUCGUACUACUCUCUAUUCCAAGCCAUACUCUACAUCUUCUGCUUCCGAUGGAAAGAUUUAGUUGUUUCGGCUCCCGAAACCGUUGAUGGCGAUGACCCACUGUCCUACAUUGGCCAGGAUCUGGACUGGGGUCAACAUACUCGGAGAAUCCUCAAGAACAAUGCCCACAGCAAGCUUAACCCCCUCAAAGUUUGCUCCCCUGGCAUAGUCGAGGAAUUCGCGAAGCUCGCGCACAAGCUCAAUCUUGUGUAUGUCUAUCCCAUCCUGGAAAUCAACAAGCGAGUGAGGCUCUCGCAAUACAUCAAGAGCUCCUACAGCACGGGUGGCAGGCUUCGCGAUAUCGGGAACGAGUCUGCCCGGGAUGACCACUCCCUCCAGCUCGAUUCCUUUUUCCCUUUUGAUCCCUACCAGCUCCCUAGCAGCAAGUUGUGGCUCGAGGGCGAUUACCUACCCUGGUCACCCAUUCGCGGCCUCAAUGAAGAUGAAGACGAUGGCUACGACAGUGAUGAUGAAGACGAUGAUCUGGAGAGCGUCGACGCCGAUUUGAUUGAUGACGAAACCGCCACGAGCGGUGAAGAGGAUGAGGAUGAGGAUUGA